AUGACGUUCUUUAAUAUAACUAUGAAUAAUGUAGUUGCACUCGCCGCUCUUUUGGCCGUCGCCCUUGCCCACCCUCAGAACGGCUAUGGCGUUCCAACGCCCUCCUCAGCACCUGCCAAGUACGACUUCAACUACGCCGUCAACGACCCACCAUCAGGUAACGACUUCGGCCAUCAGGAAGCCCGAGAUGGCCCUAAUACUCAGGGUUCCUACUAUGUCCUCCUUCCCGACGGUCGUCUUCAGAGAGUCACCUACACUGUGAACGGAGAUUCAGGCUAUUUGGCCGAGGUCACCUACGAGGGCGAGGCCUCCACACCACGCCCCUAUACACCCGCCCCACAAUAUGGUUAA